CUUCCGUCCAGAUAAUGAACCCUGUAUUUUCCAAUCGCCUUUUGCCCAGAGUCUGUUGUCCCUCUGCGGCUUCCGUCGAGGGAGGGAAAACAACAUGGUGCUAGAAAAGAAAACCUCCGCUCGGGUGGAGGCGGGCCAACGGAGAGUUCUGGAUGAAGCCACUCGUCAGAGGAGGCUGAGCAGGCAGCUUGACGCUUUGGAGAAAGACAACUUCCAGGAUGACCCUUUGAGCUCACUCCCCCCAGCAGGGCCGACUGCUCGCCUUCCUGCCUUCAGUGAAACAGAGGAGCCAGAGAAGAAGAAGAGGAAGACGCGGGGUGACCACUUCAAGUUGCGUUUCAGGAAAAACUUCACAGCGCUCCUGGAGGAAGAGAACCUGUCAGAGAAGCUGGAGCCAAAUUACCUCUCUGCACUUGCCCCCCCGUCCUCGCUUCCUCCCCGACACUUUUGCUGUGUGUGCGGGUUCCCGUCCAACUACACCUGCACUACUUGCGGGGGGCGCUAUUGCUGCAGCAAGUGCCUGAGCACCCACAGAGAGACCAGGUGUUUGAAGUGGACGCUGUAACGGAGCCGGAUGUUGUUGCCACGGAAACAGAUGGACACCUUGUGAAAGGAAUGUUUUGUGGACACUGGCAGCUGUUUGAUGCCACAGCCAUUGUGCGCCAAGUUGUCUACUAAUGCUGUGUAAAUGUGAUCGGACAAUACCUUUUUAAGGUAAAAAAUGUGUAAUAUUUAUAGGAUUUCAUCAUCAGUCUGCAUAUUUGUAUUAAUUGAAUUAUAUUGGAAAGCAAGUUUAUAGUAUGGAUGAACUAAUACAUCGACUCCAAUACUAUAUUACAUGAAAUACAUAUAGCCACAAUGUAUCUUCUGGGAGAGUCUUAGGCUCCAGCAUACCACGUGACCUUCCUGAGGAUAAGAGACAUAGAAAAUGGACGGUUGCUCAGAAAAGGUUGGCCAACUUUGGCCGCAUGCUCGGUCUAAUCCAGGAGUAUCCAAGCUUUUGCCACUAAAGACCACAUACUAAAAAAAUCAGCAUGCUGGGGGCCACUUUAAUAUUUUUUACAUGUUUUUUUUCUUUGUAAAAAGGCUAAAAUAUAUUUUUAUAUACUGUAUAUUUUAAGAAAAUAUACUUUGUUAUUAUUAUCAACAUUUCAGCGUUUUCCCCUCACCAUCAGCACUUUUGCAUGUUGAAAGGCAUGUGAAAGGGUCUGCUUCUAUGAAAUGGACAUUGAUAACUAAACAGCGUAGCAGUGUCGUUGAGUCAAUUCUGUUAUGACUUUUUUAAUUAUAUGUAGAACAGGUGAUUUUGGUAUUAAUUUAGGGAUCAUUUCUGAAAUAAAUAAUUUUUAUUUCUGAAUAAAAAUCAGCAUUUUAAAGGAAUUCGUUUUGGCAUUGAUAUGUUGAAACCCAUCACCCAACUCACCUGGAUGGCCUCUUUUUGGACUAGCGCAAUUUGGUAAACCUAGUGAAAGACUGAA